CAGGAUUUGUAUAUUUGAUUGCUACUGUCAACAUUUAAAUCGUGAAUGAGUGUUGUUGUUUAUUGCUAGUUAAUUUAAAUUACUAACUUAAACAAAAAUAACGUGUUUAAAGUUGAACAAAUCGGUAGUAUAAUGUACAGUACAUAGCACUGGCUGUAUUCCGUGACAUAGCAGGAUAUUUCUGUCAACCUUUGCCAAAGUAACGUUUUCCUAGAAAUACGAAGUAAGGAAUGGCAGAUGAGGUCUUCAGAACAACACUGGCUCACACUAAAUUCACGAAGGCUUCUAGGAGAACAACUUUUCGGGAUGAGCUGGGGGCUGCUGUUUCUGCAAGAGCAAGUAAAAAAAAGACUGACCAAUACUUUGAUUCAGAUGACUUGGAUGAUAAUGAAGAUGAUGUUUUGAAAGAGCUUGUAAAUUCAAGAAAAAAGAGAAUUGAUGCCUUCAAGGUGGGAAAAAAGAAAGCAAAGAUGAAUGAUUUCAACCUAUCUGAUGACGAGGAGGAAAAUGAAAGGCCAAAGAAAGUGUCAUUCAUGAAGACUCAAAAAUCCAAUUCCCCCUUGCAAGAUUUGGCGAAGGCAGACACUCAUAAAAAUGAACAAACGGGCAUCUCCAUAGGAGGUAGCAGCAACCAGAAGGAUUCUGACUCAUUACCCUCACAUCAGUGUAAUAACCCUCACCUAGACUACUCACAAUCAUCAGCAUCACAUGACGGUCAGAUUCAGUCUCCUCAUUCCCUUCUCUUGCAACCAAGUCAAACAGAAUCCCCAUUUCAAUCAACUUUGGAGAACAACAGCCAUUGGAAUUCCCCCUUGCCCCUGCCAUCUAAUAAUGAUCAGUUGGACAUACAAUCUCCCUUCCCUUCUGAAAAUAGAGUGGACGGCAAAGAAUCCAUCACUGGAGAAGAAAAACCAGCUACUUCACAGCCUUCACAUAGAGGCACCAGAUGCGCAUCCGUGACAGACAGUAUCAUCAAGAAUGAGCCGCCCAGACCAAAACCCAGGCAUAAGACCCUGAGAGCAAGCAGUCACUCAGAGGAGGAGCCCACUGCUGUGGUCAGGGGAACCCCUCCUAGCAGACCCCCCAGCUCUUCUGUGUCCAUCUCCUUUUCCUCCACUGACAAGGGGGAAAUGGCCAGCAACACCAUCACCUCAUCCUCCAGCAAAACCACUGCUAGCAGCUGUAGUCCAAAUGCACCUGAAGGAGAUUACACCAUCUUAUCUACCCCAAACAAGUCCUCGGCCGGAGGUCAGCAGUCGGACUCCCUAUACAAAUCUACUGAAGGAGAAGAUCACGUUUUAGAAGGCAGUCAAGGAAAUUAUGGGAAAUACUCCACAUCGUUUGAAGACUAUCAAGACGAUUCUGAGGAUCACCCAGAUCAUAUAAGCAGACUCAGUCAUGUGUCUGAGAAAUCUGUCAAUACCAGGCCUUCAAGUUCUUUGACAAAGAGCUUGCGAAAGUCACAUAGUACGGAUUCCUACACAGCAGAGUCCAAAUACUUGGGUUCGCUGAAAGUUCUGGAUUGUAAAGUGCAGCUAAAAGAUGGGAAGCAUGAAGCUGCAGAUACACUCAGGGCUGCAAUAUACCAGGAAUGGCUUAAAAAGAAAAGUGAGAAGUUACAAGAGAUGAUGCAAAUAAAGAAGCAUGAAGAAAUGUUAAAAGAGGAUAAGAGGAAAAGGGAUCAGCAGGCAAAAAUUGAGGAUGCCAAAGCUUCUUAUGAGGCUUGGAAAGAAAAGAAAACCGAAGUAAUUAAAACAAAGGUAAAAGAAAAGCAAGAUGGGAUCAAAAAGAAGCAAAGGGAAAUUGAUGAACAACAGGAGAAAAAGGAAACUGCUAAAAAGGUUUUUGAAAAAUGGAAGCAGGAGCAUGAUGAACUUCUCAAAGAGAAAUACAAGAAACAGAAAGAGGCUGAAAAUAAAAUAAAACAGAUAAAAGAAGAAAAGGAAGAGGAGAGAAGAAGAGACGCCAUCUCUGCCAUUUCUAGUUGGAAUGAAAAAAAGAAGGUGGGUGUUCUGGAAAAAGUGAAAACUGAGCGUCAGAAAGAGAAGAUCAAAGAGGAGGAAGAGAGAUAUGAAAAAGAAGAGAAGGAUAGAAUGGCCUUGGAGAUGUAUGAAAAAUGGCUGAAAUCGAGACUCAUCAGACCUGGCAAAAUUUUUCCAGUCUUCAACUGUCCAAUUUUGAGAAGGAAAGAACGGCAACAGACAAGACAGAGGAAGGAAAGACAGAUACAAGCUAUUCUGCAAGAUGAACCACCUCCCCCCUGGAGUCCACCCAGUAAAACUGUUCCCUUUGGAAAGUAAUCCCGGAAAUAGUUGGUUUUUCAUCAUGACUCAAAUGUUUGAUAACAAUGACAUAUGAUCUUCCAUGAUACAACUUUUUCAUCUGCUUUACUCUUUUGUCCAGUUCAAUUUCAUUAAAUGUUACUCUAAUUGCAGCCUUCAGUUGUUACAUAUUUUCAAUGUGUAGACAUGAUUAAUCUCUCUACAUGUGAGAGAAGUAUUUUAUACAGUGAUGAGCCAAAACAUUCUGACCACCUGCCUAAUAUGCAGUUGGUCCUCUAUUUUAGGGUCCAACAUUAACUGUUUUUCUCAUUGGCCCUAUCUGGACAGUUAGUCUGAAAUCUAAUGGUAAGGAAUGUAUUUUUAUUGGCCCGAAAUGAAUAAAAACAAUACAUAAUAUAAUUGUAUUUUAUAGAUAUAUAGUAUGUAAGUAGCAUAUCAGAUUGAUUUAUACCACAUAUUUGCCUGUGAUAUGAGAGCUGAUACAAGCAAUGGCUGUUUAUAUAAAUAUGAUGCAAUGGACAUCAUUACUUUUUAAUGAAUUGUUAUCAAUAUAUUAGCUACUAUAAAUAUUAUAAUCUUUUCAUGUAGAUGCUUGCUUAUUUGAUGUGACGUAAAAGCAUGAAAAUAAAAUAAUUGACUUAAUAUAUUUAUGGUAAAAUAAAUAUGGUGCAAUACAGUACUUGCACUAGUUGGUU